AUGCGCGUUUGUGAAUGCACAGUGACCUCUGGUGUGCGCGCGCCGACGCGCGUGACGUCGACGACGCGUCGUGGUGAAUGCCAAAAGACGCGCGCCGUGGCGAAGAAGAACGAGCCGAACUCGUACGAGGGCGUCAUGUUGUUGCGCCCGGAUUGCGAUGACGCCACGCGUGCGACCACGAUGGAUGAUUUCAAGGCGAUGUUUGGUGAAGGUUUGGUGGCGUGGGAGCAAACCGAGCACGGAUUGAAGCCGAACUCGUACGAGAUUAAGGGUUACCCGGAUGCGUACCAAGUCGUCGUCAACUUUACGUGCGCGCCGGCGGUGUUCAAAGCCGCCUCCGAGGAACUCGCGAGACCGGCUGUCGGGAGCGAAGAGGUUGUCCUUCGCACGAUGUUCAUGAAGACUGCGUAA